AUGGGUACUCUUCCUACAUGGCUGUCUGCCCUGCUGCUACUGCUAUGGACUGCAGCUGCUCAAUCCCCAGCUAUCGAUGUCGCUGGCAUUACAGCAGAUUCCACCCCUCAUGGCCCAACCAUGUCAGGAACCCCAGCUGAUUGCAGCCGAUGGUUCACUAUCCAAAAGGGUGAUACCUGCUAUGAGUUGGAAAAGGCGUUUGGACUCACUCCUCAGCAAUUCCAGCAAUGGAAUCCUGCAGUGUCCCGUGAUUGUCUGGUCAACUUCUGGCCGGGCUACGCAUACUGUGUGGGCGUUGGACCAGUAGUAAUUCCAACAUCCGCAGACACUGCUCCUCCUGCUCCGACCAUGACUGGUAUCGCGGCAAAUUGCAAUCGUUGGUACACUGCUCAGAAAGGAGACAAUUGCUACGCAGUGGAGAAAGCAUUCGGGCUUACUCCGCAGCAGUUUCAGCAGUGGAAUCCUGCUGUCUCUUUGGACUGUCUGGUCAACUUCUGGCCCGGGUAUGCUUAUUGCGUGGGUGUUGGGCCGGCCGCAAAUGGUCCUCAUGGCCCUACUAUGCCAGGAAUUGCCCCAAACUGCAUCCAGUUUUAUACUGCCAAGAAGGGUGAUACUUGCUAUGCAGUCGAGAAGGCUUUUGGUAUCAGUCCUCAGCAAUUUCAACAGUGGAAUCCGGCUGUCUCUCUGGACUGCUUGGUCAAUUUCUGGGCAGAUUAUGCGUACUGCGUGGGCGUUGGGCCGGUUGCCCCGACUUCGACUUCGACUGUAACUGCGACAGCGACAGCGACAGCGACUUCGGCUUCGACGUCAACGAGUUCAACCACUUUGACUACGUCGACCACUUCGACAACUGCUCUUACCACCUCCACCACGUCUACUGCUUGGACUACCGGCACGUCGACCACUUCGACUAGUUUGUCACGUACGACUGUUUUCACCACAUUCACCACCACGCUCACUUUGACCACAACCUUGACUUCGAAUGGUCAGACUACAGUAAUAGUUACUACUACUGUGACCACAACUUCCCACCACUUCGACUUCGAGUGUUCCCAGUACUUCUACUUCGAGUGCUUCGACCACGUUGACCACUUUAACCACUUCCAACCCACCCACGUCAACUCCAAGUACUUCCAGAAGUUUGACUACUUUGACCAGUCCAAGUACUCCAAGUACUCCUACCACUCCCACCACUCCCAGAACUUCGACCUCAACGACCCCCCGUUCGCCCUCUAUCACACCCACUCCUAG